AUGGCUCACUGGUAUGUCACAUCUCCUUUCCUCCUCCUCUUGGCUUUUGAUGGUCUAAGCCGUGUCUGUGCUCUGGAAGCUGGAACCAGAGGAAAGAAGAGCACACUGCAGCCACCAGACGGCAACAAUGAUCUGAAGAGACACGAGUCCUGGCCAGAACCUCCCAGGCCAGGCCGCAAACAUGGCGUACAGAGGAAAGACAAGGCCAACACCAUGGUAACCAGAGUACUGGAGGCAGACAGACCAGAUGAGGACAGUGUGGGAUUGGAGAGUCUGACUCCAGUGCGAGUGGAGACAGACAGUCUGGAAAGAACAGCAGCAAUGCAGCAUGAGAGAGUUAUGGACCAGAAUGGUCAAUUUUAUCCUCGCGAACCAGAAAAUUACCCAGCAGGAGAGGCUGCAAAUAAAGGAAAAAGGCACAACAGAGACCAUAAGAAGCCAAAUAGGAGAGAAAGAGCCCGACACAAUAAGGGGAAAGUGCCGGGUGCUGAGUUAAUCCCAUUCUUAAAGGGUCUGACACGAAGCAAGGAGACAGAUGAACUUUCCACAAUGCCUUUGCCAAUGUCCAGCACCAUCGUGACCAGCACAUUGCUGACCACCAUCACAACCGAGGAAGCACCAGCAACAAAGCCUAGGGGCACACGGCAACAGGUCGGAGCAAGAACAGUUGCUGAGGUAAAUCCCACCCUUGACAUGACGCUCUUUGAUUGGACAGAUUAUGAAGAUAUGAAACCAGAAAUGUGGCCUUCAGCAAAGAAAAAAGACAAGCAUCGCAGCAAGAAUCUGAGUAACGGGAACCUCACCUCACUGGCAGAAGUGGAGCCAUGCGAUCAUCACCUGGACUGUCUGCCUGGUUGGUGCUGUGACCUCCGGCAGCACAUCUGCAAAGCCCACAACCGCGGCCUCAACAACAAGUGUUACGAUGAUUGUAUGUGUGCGGAAGGUCUUCGUUGUUAUGCCAAGUUCCAUCGGAAUCGGAGAGUGACCCGAAGGCGAGGACGGUGCGUGGAACCGGAUUCAGUUGAUGUUGAUCAUGGAUCAUUUAUUACGGUCUGA